CAGGUCCAGCACAGCUGAGAUCCAUCUUCCUGCACACGGAGCACGAGCAGAGGCAGCCCCAGAUGGUCACACAAGCCGACAUGAAGGUGGAAUUGCUGCCAGCCCUCACAGACAACUACAUGUACCUCCUCAUCGAUGAGGAAACCAAGGAGGCUGCAAUAGUUGAUCCUGUGCAGCCCCAGAAGGUUUUGGAUGCAGUCAAAAAGCAUGGUGUGAAGCUGACCACUGUCCUGACCACACAUCAUCACUGGGAUCAUGCUGGGGGGAAUGAGAAGCUUGUGAAGAUGGAGCCGGGGCUGCGUGUGUUUGGGGGAGACAACAGGAUCGGGGCACUGACAGACAAAGUGACUCACCUCAGGUUGCUCCAGGUGGGAUCUCUUAAUGUGAAAUGCCUCAGUACGCCGUGUCACACUUCUGGACACAUCUGUUAUUAUGUGACUAAGCCAAAUAGCUCCGAGCCACCUGCUGUUUUUACAGGUGACACAAUGUUCGUGGCUGGUUGUGGGAAGUUCUUCGAGGGAACCCCAGAGGAAAUGUACAGAUCACUGAUUGAGAUUCUGGGCUGCUUGGACCCCAAAACGAGAGUUUACUGUGGACACGAAUACACCAUCAACAAUCUCAAGUUUGCUCGACAUGUCGAACCCAAUAAUGUUGCUGUCCAGGAAAAGCUGGCUUGGGCCAAGGCAAAGUAUGACAGUGGGGAGCCAACCAUACCCUCCACCAUUGCAGAAGAGUUUACGUACAACCCCUUCAUGCGAGUGAGGGAGAAGACAGUUCAGCAGCACGCGAGGGAGACCGACCCCAUCCGAACAAUGGGGGCCCUCAGGAAAGAGAAGGAUAACUUCCGAGUCCCCAAGGACUGAGCACUCUGCCUGGAUCACUUUACUGUCAUUUUAAGUGUAAUUUAGACUCUGCAGAUGUUUUAGGAGCUGAACCUUCUGUUGUGGUUGAGACAGUCGUCUUUAGGUUUUUAUUUCGUUUUAAUUAAG